UAAAAAAGGUCGGGAAAUUUUUAUGUAAAAGGAAUAUAUCCUCGUCCUAAAGUGCACAGAAAGCUCGAAACCUUUCUUCUAAUCAGUAACUAUUUUCUUGACCUUUCAGUACUCUUUCGUUCAAUUUUCAAUUCCUAAAGAAACUAAGAUCGAAGGGACAGCGAGAAUGGAUUCGUUUAACAGGGAGCUGCACGUACGAAGCCUUCUUGCAAUGCUGGAGGAUAUGCCAUCUGGCUAUCAAGAACAGGAGAACCAUCGACUCACUCUCGCUUACUUCGCCAUUUCAGGUCUCGACAUCCUUAAUGCACUUGACCAGGUUGAUGCAAAAAAAGUUACCAAUUGGGUUUAUCACUUGCAAAUUCUUCCCUCGGAUAAGGAAGACAAAAAUGGAUUUUUUUAUGGCUUCCAAGGAUCUUCAGCCCACAUAUUAAAGGAUAUGGAUGGAGUUAACUUCAAUAAUGGUGGUCACUUGGCAAGCACCUACUCUGCUUUAUCUAUUCUGAGAAUUAUGGGAGAUGAUUUGGCCCAAUUGGAUAAAAAAAUCUUAUUAAAAUCAAUGAAAAAUCUUCAACAAUUUGAUGGAAGCUUUACUCCUCUCCAUACCGGUGCUGAGACAGAUCUACGAUUUGUUUUUUGUGCAGCGGCAAUCUGUUUCAUGCUCAAUGACUGGAGUGGGAUGGACAUGCACAAAGCAUUGGGCUAUAUUCUUAGUUGUCAGUCAUAUGAUGGUGGAUUUGGAUUGAGUCCAGGCUUGGAGUCUCAUGGAUUGCAUGUGGACCCGAAUGCUCUUGCAUCAAUUCUAGAGAAUAGAGGGAAUGCCACAUUGUGUUUGCUUCUUCUAAAGUGCCUAAUGCAGGUUGCAAGUUCUUCUUCAGCUGAGCGGAAUUGGAGUACAUACUCCUUCAUAUACUCAGUCAAACGUAAUCGUUUGGGUGCAAAGAGAGCUGAGGAUUUGCUCUACGUACAAUCCUACCUUCGUUUGUUGUCACAUAAGGACCCUAAAUAUAAUGUGGGUGAAACAAGGAAUUGGGAUCUAGCCCCUGAGUGUGCUGAUUUAGAUGCUACAGUUGGACAACUUGCCCAAGUCUCUAUAGAGGAGGCAGCUACGGAACUUGAGAGAGACUUGGCUAGUGGGAGUGACAUUCCAUUCGAUAGUGGUUCAAUUGAUGCUGGAUUUGAACCACUUGAUGACCUUGGGCUUGGGUUGUAUGGUGGUGCCACUUACUGUGCAAUCGCUACACUUAAGUUAAUGGGGUAUAUAACUGAUGAUCCUGUUUCAAAAAGGCCAACCUCUUCUAUAGUUGAUUUGUCAUCCGUGGUGGAAUGGAGUUUACAGAAACAAACGUUGGAUGGAGGCUUUCAAGGUAGAUCCAAUAAAGCAAGUGACACAUGUUACUCAUUCUGGGUGGGUGGUUCAUUGAAACUCUUGGGGGCCCAUGAUUUUUAUGAUUGGGAAGCUUUGCGUUGCUUUCUUUUUACGUGCCAGUCAAAGUAUGGUGGCUUCAGUAAAUGGCCGGCGAUGUUUCCAGAUCUCUAUCAUAGUUAUUAUGGACUUUGUGGGUUUAGUUUACUGGAAGAACCUGAACUGGCUCCUCUUUGCUAUGAAUUGGGUAUUACACAAAAAGCUGCCUUGUAUUCUCAGAUUACAAAAGGCAUCUGCUAAUGAAUUUAUAAUCCUGGCACAGUUUGAAUUAUGUCACCUUAUUGACAUUGGUUCAUACAGAAAUCCUUUCACAGUUGGAGAUAAGUUGACAUAAUUCAAACUUUUCUUGUCUUGGUUUUAGGCUUGAGCUGAAACUUUUAAUUUGAAUUGCUUUCAGAUAUUGGCAUUGGUUCAUACAUAAAUCCUGAAGGUGAUGUAUACCUUUACAUGGUCUUGUUUCAAUCUGAUAUAUUGUCUUGGAAUAAUAAAUGGAACUGGCUUUUGUUAAAUACAAGUAAAGCAAAACUAAGAUAUUUGAUAAAGUCGAGGAUGGCAAAUGUAUCCUUAGAUAUCAGUACUUGGCAGUAUUUAAUUGGUUGUAUCUCAAGUAUGACUGAAACGUGCGAAUCCUUUAAGGAAAAUAUUUAGCUGGUGUUCACAAUUUGAAAAUGAGCUUUGAUUUCUGACUGGAAA